ACAGUGAAUUUUAAACUUCUUAACAAAUACUGAAGAUAAUAAAUGCUGUUUAUUUGCACGUUGUUGUGUGUGUUUUUGGCGAGUGAUGUCACUAACGCAAAAGAUACGAGUAUCACCGGAUCGCACUGGAUAGUUGUUCCGGACAGAUACACCCCUGGGGUGCCGAUUCCGUUGACGUUUAAUUUCUACAACAUUUCCGGGGUUGAUGUCGAUGUACAAGUUGACUUGAUACGUGAUGAUCAUCAUAGUGUGUCAACGCUUACUCAUACCUUCAAGGGAGCCAAAUCAGAACUAGUGCAAUUAAAGGUACCAGAUACUGGAGAUGAUCCGUAUAGGUACACCUUACUGAUAAACGGUCUAAGUGGGUUAUUCUUCCAACAACAUGCUAUUCUUUAUUACGACUCAGGUGCAAUACCAGAAAUGUUCGCAAUUCACAUACAGACGGACAAAGGAAUAUACAAACCAGGACAGACAGUUCGUUUCCGAACAUUCGGGAUAUCUUCUGAUAUGAUGGUUUACAGUGGUCAAUUUAAUAUCUCAAUUUACGAUCCAAAGGGCAAUCAGAUGAAGAAGCUCGUAAAUGUAUCAGAACCUAUCUACGGUGUUGUUGAAGAUUUUUUCGUCAUGGACACUGAACCCGUGCUUGGAGAGUGGAGAAUUAAAGUCAGCGUGGACAGACAAGUGACAGCAACUGAAGAGAAAUAUUUCAAAGUGGAUAAAUACGUAUUACCAAAGUUCCAGGUGAGCGUCGAAUUACCUCCCUAUGUGGUCACAACGGACAAAGAAAUGCAUGGCACCGUCAGAGCAAAAUACACAUAUGGUAAGCCUGUAAUAGGCACAGUAAAGCUGUAUGCAGACAUUGACUACAGCAAUACGCCAUGGAAAUACCAUGGAGAUGAAGUCAUGGUUGAGGCUGCUUUUGAUAUAAAUGGAGAAGCCAAAUUUACCGUUCCAUUCAGUAGAAUUACGAAUGAGGUCGAUCCCUACACGUUUCAACCAUUUGUGGAAAAACUUGCAGGGUAUCACCUGCUGAUAAAAGCGUCCGUUACAGAGAGUAUUAAUAACAUUACAAAGAACGCUACAUCUCAGGUUGUAUUCUACCAAGAACCAUACAAGAUGAACUUUGACCAUUCCUCCAGUAUGUCGUUUUUCAAGCCAGGACUUCCAUACAUCGGACAUGUCAUACUGACUCAAGCUAAUGGAAAUCCAAUUAUUUCGAGCACAGAAAACGUUCGCCUUGUCAGUUAUGUGAAGUUCUAUGACCAUGAAUCACACAGAUACAGGGCCAAAUAUCUUGCUGAACAAACUUACGCGCCAUCGGUCACUGGUAGCAUCGAGAUUUCAGUCAUCCCCCCGGUUAACGCAUCUUCUUUACAUCUAGAGGUAUUUUAUGAGGGACUCACUGAUACAUUGAACGUUCAAAAACCUUACUGGCUAAUGGACGAUGGAAACAUUCAAAUUUCACAAAACUCAUCAUCAAUCGUGGUUGGAAAAGAUGCUGUGUUUAAUGUAAUGAGAUCAGACGGUCUGCACCAUAUUCCAUUCUUCUACGCUAUAUUUGCAAACUCUCGUAUGCUACAAACGGGCUACCUGCACGACAAUGUAUCCAACACAAUGCAGUUGUCUUUCCACGUGACCGACAAGAUGAAGCCAUACGGAAAACUCGUUGUUUACUAUUUCGACACCGACUUGUGGAACGCUGACGCACUUUAUUUCGACGUUAAAGAAGAUGCUAACAAAUUCAAAAACAAGGUCGCUUUGUCAUUCGACAAAAGUCAAGCAGAACCUGGGGAGAACGUAAGCUUGUCCAUCACCAGUGAUCCCCAAUCAUUGGUUAACCUUCUUGCUGUUGACCAGAGUGUGCUGUUACUAGCUUCCGGAAAUGACAUCACACAGUCUGACGUAAUAAGAUCGCUACAACCUUCCUCGCACUCCUCUGCAGAUUCUAGUGAAUUGCAUGAUCCUAAAAGGGUCAUGGAGGGACAAGGUUUUCAAUUACUGACUGAUGUUCAUGGAUUCCAGUGGGCAAGUGGGUUUCAUAAACGUCAAAUAGAUUGUGGACCGUAUCCAGGUGUAAUGCCAACAGCUAAGCCAGGUCUGAUCUCCGGACAAACACCUACAGCUCAACCAGGUUUAGUGGCCGGACAAACACCAACAGCUAAACCAGGUUUAAUAUUCGGAUCAACACCAGCACCUAAACCAGGUCUACUGCAACAGGUUCAACAUACAAGAGAUUUUUUCCCAGAAACAUGGCUAUGGACUAACCUAACUAUAGGCUCUAGUGGCAAUGCCAUCUUGACAACAUCUGUACCUGACACGAUAACCUCCUGGUAUUCAACAGCCUUCUCUGUCAACAAACAUUCCGGAUUGGGCGUCACUGAUGGUGCAACAAAGUUCACCACUUUCCGGCCAUUUUUUAUCAGCCUUAAUCUUCCUUAUUCCGUCAUCAGAGGUGAACAAGUUGUGCUACAAGCCAACGUCUUCAACUACAUGGGACAAGAUCUUGACGUUGUGGUGACGUUGGAGAAAUCGGCAGACUUCAAGGUGAUUUUUAAUGAUUCAAACGCACACGUUACCCUCAAUUCGACCGAGGUUGUGAAACAAAUACAUAUUGAAGCCGGUCAGGCGGGAUCAGUGUUUAUUCCCGUUGUCGCAGACAUCAUUGGCAUUGCUACCAUCACAGUAAAGGCACAGACACCAUUCUCCGCUGAUAGAGUGAAGCGAGAACUGAUUGUGGAAGCUGAAGGAAAAACGAUGCAUUUUAACGUGCCAAUGAUAAUAAAUGAGCACACAUCAGUUGAUGUACCACUUAGUUUCCCGCCAACUUUUGUUGCUGAUUCACAGAAAGUCCAAAUAUCGGCAAUAGGUGAUACAAUGGGCCCCACCAUAAAGAACCUUAAAAGUUUACUAAGAAUGCCAACCGGAUGUGGGGAGCAGACGAUGACCAGUCUUGCACCGGAUGUUUUUGUUUACAAUUACUUAAAGAAGACAAACAAGUUGACACAAGAUGUUGCAGAAAUGACCUUAGAUUACAUGUAUAAAGGGUACCAACGUGAGCUGACGUUUCAGCGUAAUGAUGGCUCGUUUAGCAUAUGGGGACAAAGGGACCGCAUGGGGAGCAUGUGGCUGACAGCAUUUGUGUUGAAAUCAUUUUAUCAAGCCAGCGAUUACAUAUACGUGUCGGAUUCUGUACUUAUCCGAGCCGCUUCGUGGAUACACCGUUACCAAAAUUACGACGGCUCCUUCCAAUCAAAGGGAAGUGUGCACGCGACUAAUCUCAAGGGAGGAUCGAGCAAUGGAUAUAGCCUUUCGGCAUUUGUGUUGAUAGCUCUUGCUGACGCAGAAUUUGUUCUUCAGGACAAAACCUAUUUCAACUACGCAAAUAUGGUAUCGAAGGCGCGUAGAUAUCUGGAGAAUUUAAUACUGACGGACAAAGUCACCGAUGAUUACGACCUAGCUAUAAUUAGCUAUGCCCUGAGUAAAACCGGAAGUAUUCACGCUUACAAAGCGUACACCAAACUCGAGAAACUCGCUGUAAAAACUCAAGAUGGGAAAAUGCAUUGGACCGUGGCGCGUAGUCAACCACAUUCAUAUCUAUCGGGUUGGGAGAUGAAUUAUUACCAGAGUCCACCAUUAGAGAUUGAGGUUGCCUCAUAUGCUUUAUUAUACCUUAUUGACAGCAGGCAGCUUCAAACAGGCUUCCCUAUUCUACAAUGGCUUAUCUCUCAAAGGAACUCUAGGGGUGGAUUUAGAUCCACUCAGGACACGGUCCUUGGACUUCAGGCCAUGUCGGAAUAUGGAUCUGUUUUCAAGGAUAUACUUGAUCUCACAAUUGAUGUCGAGUCAGGCAGCUUUCAUAAGAACAUACAUAUAGGCAAAAACGAUGCAAUGGUCCUAAAGUUACUCGAUAUACCAAACACUGCAAUUGCCCAUUCUAACAACAGCUUCAACCACCCACCCGCUGUUUCUCUCCAGGGUCAUGGAACAGGCUCGGCCCUGGUACAGGUGUCUGUAUCAUUCAAUGUAGAAACUGAAGUUUCUCUUCCCGCUUUCAACAUUACGACAACAAUUUUGAGAGAAACAAUCCGUUCAAUUGUUGUGAGAACAUGUGCAAGAUACUUGCCACAGCGUUUCGUCAACCCUGGCAUGGCCGUUAUAGAGAUAGACCUUCCUUCCGGUUUCUCGGCUGAUUUGGAGAGUCCAGAUACCCACCUUGACGAAGUUAAAAAAUCUGAAAUCAGAGACGAGAAAACUGUUGUCCUUUACUAUGAUCAGAUUUUGCCAAACGUCUAUCCACAAACAUGUGCCACUGUAGAACUGAUCAGAACAGAUCUUGUUGCCAAAACCAAACCUGCUGCAAUCCGGGUGUUUGACUACUACGAACCAGAUAAUCGUGCUCUUGUCUUCUUCGAGUCGCAACUGCUGAGGGACUCCUCUUACUGUGACAUUUGUAGUUCUUGUGGUUGUCCAUAAAUAUAUCAGAACUGAUGGAUGCAUUCCAGAAAACAUUUAUUAGAAACAUUUCGAACUUCCGCUUUAUAAUUAAAUCUGUAAUAAAUGAAAUAAAAGGAAAAUGCAAAGUA